AAAAUGGGGGAAACGCUGGAAAAAACUUCCUACGGGUGAAAACAUCACUCGUGUGCAUUUAUUCAUUGUAAAGGACCUACAUGUGAAGAUUAGGGUUAGAUCUGAAACGCGAACGAAAACCCUAACUCUAGUCGCCGCCGCGGCCGCCUCUUUCAAUUGUAGGCGGCUGUCUCGCGAUAGAGAGGGAAAUUCGUCAAGAUUCAGAUCCAGGACUCACCGGCGACGAUGUACGACGACGAUGACGACGAGGAUACGAGUACCGGAAUCUCAGGAUCUUACACUGGAUUGGGAGGUAUUGGAAAAAUAUCAGGUUUAUGAUUUUGACAACGCUUAUUGGAGCUAUUUGGAGCAUAGCGAAACCAUGUUCUGCUUUUACAUGGUUCUGAUGAUAAAAAAACGCACAAUUAUAUCGUGUCUACCUGGUCUUUCUUGUUGUGGGAGACCUCAAUUUAGAGGAUUAAGGAUUUGAUUGUUGCAGGUUCUCCCAUCUAUCAAGAAUUUAGAGGAUUAAAGAUUUGAUUGUUGCAGGUUCUCCUAUUUAUCAAGGAUAAUACCAUCUCAAUUCUAAUUUCAUAUUCAAGAUUUAUUCCAUAAUUACGAGUAUCAGAAAAUAUGACUACCAGUACUGAAGGGCAAACUCAGCACAUCCAAAUAAGUCAGCUCAAGAAGUUUCAGAAAGAAUGGACCAUUCAUGUUAUCAUACUUCGAAGUGCAGAGACCACUUACAAAAAUGCAAAAGGAUCAGGGAAAUUACUAAAGCUAAUUCUCGCUGACGCUCAGGGUAACAAAAUACGAGUAAUGUACGGAGAGACUAUCAAAAAGUUUAUAGAUAUGCUUCAAAAAAAUCAAAUUAUUUUCAUUUCAAAUGGAGAAAUGAAAGGAAUAAACUCAACUUAUUCAAGUAUCCACAAGUCACUUGAAUUAGUAUUAACAAAAGACGUAUCGAUCAAAGAAGCACCAACAUGAUUCCACUUGGAGAACAUAUUUAACAACUUUGUCCCAUUUGAAAAAGCAUUUUCAUGAAAGAUGCAACAAAAAUUAUCUUUUUAUCAAGCAGAUAUUCUUGCAAUAACAACUAAUGUGAAGCCGGUGAUCAACUAUAUUACAAGACACAACAAACCAGACACAAGGAGGGAAAUCACGCUUAUGGAUAUAAGUGGAAUACCAAUGCAUGCAACUUUAUUUGGAGAUUUGGCUACAAAUGAAGGAUCAAUUCUUGAAGCAGAAAUCAAAUAUAAGCAUGUAAUAGCAUUAUCAGAUUUUACAAUCUCUAUAUAUCAAGGGGAUACAAGCAUAUCGUCGCAAAUUAUUUUAACAUUAUGUAUCAACCCAAAAAUAGAACUAGCUUGCGAAUUAAUGGAAUGGUUUCAAUUGGAAGAAGCUGCAAAAACAAAAGGAUAUCCAUCAACGCUUUUUAAAAAUGCCAAUGAAAUUCAUAUUAGUGAUAUUAUACAUACAUCACAGAAUUCGAUACAGAUACGAUAUUGCACAUUUAAGACAAAGAUAAUUACUAUUUUAAAUAGGUUCGAACCAUGGUUCUAUGCUUGUAAAGGCUGUGAUAAGAAGGUUGAUAAAGAUGUUAGUAAAGAGUGUCUGAAUGUCAAAUGCCGCAGAAUCAUUGAUGACUCAGUACUAAGGUACUUAGUUAAGAUUCUCGUGGAAAAUGGUACGGAUAAUGCAAGAGUAACACUCUUUGACGCAGCAGAAACUCUUAUUGGAUGCAAAGCAGAAAAAUUCAUUACAGAAAAGAAAGAGAAAAAUAAUCAAAGUCCAUAUUUUCAAAAAUUUGUUUUGAACAUCGGAAAAACAUUCAAAUUCCUGGUGAAGUUAGUUGAAAAGACAAAAGAUGAACGAGGCGAAGACAAUAUAAUAGCACAAGAAAUUCAACUCCAGCCUGAUAUUACUAUCGACGUAGAUGAUAAAGAUGCUACUCUAGAGUUGCCUAGAAAAAAGAUAAAGGUGGAGAAAGAUUGAUCUUAGUUCAAUUAGAAAUUUUCAAGAAAAAUAUUUUUUAAUCAUUUUAUAUAACAACUUAAUUUUUUAUUACAAUUAGGAAUUUUUAUAAGACAUUUUCAUGUAAAGUUAUUAGUAGUUUUGUAUGCUUAUAUGAAUGCUUACAUCACAUAAAAUUACUCUUUGAUAUUUAACUAUUUUACUAUAUUUUAUUAUUGUUUAUGGAUAUGAUCAUGCAUUUCGUGAGAGGCAAUCGAUAAAAAACUGCUUUUAUUGAUCCUAUGAAUGGAUAUAUUGUCAGCUAGACAUAAAAUACUCUUCCUGAUUACUAGCGCAGCAUGUGAUCUAACAUUUAUGAUAUAAAGGUCGCCUCUUUAACCAAUUGGCAAAGAAUUACUGUUGUGAUGAUUUUGCUUGGGGCUGUCACAAACUUCAAGAUUCAAUGUUUUCAAAUAAAAUCCUUGGCUUACUAAUUGUUACUUAUUGAGAUUGUUGCCAUAUUGACUAAGGGACCAAAUUUGAUCAAGAUUUACUUUCAUACUUUAAUUAAGUUCCUGUUAGGUGUUGGUGGUGGUGAUCAAUUUAAAUUUCUUAUAAGAAAACGAAUUUACAAGUUUGCAGUAAAUCAAACAAUUAUCUUAGCUUUUUGAGUCAAAAAAUAUUUGAAUAAACUUAAAAUUUUGAAAUAUUUUCUUUAUUACUAUAACUACAAUUCAUAAUAACAAAUACAAUAUCCCAGUUACAUAUAUUCAUCCAAGUUUAGCUUAAAAUCCAUUUCAUUUAU